AUGCGAUUGAUCAUCCUUCUAUUCCUUAUAAGCAAUGGCUUAAACCUAGUUCUCUCUGCUCGAAUACUGGGACUUUUCCCUCAUCCUGGAAAGAGUCAUCAGAUUAUUUUUGACCGAGUGAUGACGGCGUUACCCGGACGCGGGCACCACGUCACAGUAGCUACAUUCUUCCCCCUCCAGAACCCGCCAGACAAUUACACACAAGUCAAUUUACAAGAGCUGGCGCAGUUGAGGAUGGAAUCGGUGAGCUCCGCGGACUUUGAAUAUCCAAGAUGGUUCGAGAGAAUACCUAUUAUCGGAAGUAUUAUCGAUCAAUACGCACAGCAUCAGGUGCUUGGAAACGUAGCCUUAGAUAUCUGCGAGAAACUCAUAAAGUACGCGCCGUUAAAGGAGGUGUUGAAAAAGGAAUAUGAUCUAGUAAUUGUGGAGACGUUUUCUAGCGUUUGUAUGCACGGGCUCUUGGAUGUGUAUGAAAUAAAGGCACCAGUGGUUGCCCUUGCGAGCUGUUCCCUUUUUCCCGGUGUAGCUAGACGAAUGGGUGCUGGCGAUAAUCCAGCUUAUGUGCCCAUCGUUUCUUCGUCGUUUUCACAGGAAAUGACGUAUUUUGAACGUUUAGAAAACACCAUUUUACAUAUUCUUUUCAAUGAUUUCUACGACAAAUUUCAUAAAAAGGAGCAAGCUUUGAUUGAAAGGGUGUUUAAAAGAGACAUAGAGGAUAUAAAUGCCCUUGCGACAAACGUGUCUUUGAUUCUUGUAAAUACCCACCAUGUCUACAGUGGUGUUUAUCCUCUUGUGCCUGGUAUCGUCGAAAUUGGAGGCAUUCAUGUGACACCGAGUAAUCGAAGUUUGCCACCGCAUAUAGAAAAAUUCGUGAAUGAAGCUAAAAAUGGAGUAAUCCUGUUCAGUUUUGGAUCGCAGAUCAGUUCCACUUCAAUCUCGUCUAGGGUACAGCAGCUUCUUAUAAAAGUAUUUUCUCAUCUAAAACAAAGAGUUAUUUGGAAGCACUCAACGGCCGCUGAAGAUGGGACAUUUAUUGGUAGGAACAUUUUGAGGGUGAAGUGGUUGCCCCAAGUGGAACUAUUACAGCAUCCUAAAGUCUUAGCGUUAGUGGGUCAUGGGGGAUUACUAGGAAUCUACGAAGCAAUAGCGUUCGGCAAACCGAGUCUUGCAAUUCCUAUAUUCGCCGACCACAAAUUAAAUUCCGCAGCGCUUAAAGCGAUUGGGGUGGGCGAAGUUCUGCCCAUUGUUGACCUGCAGGAGGAGAACCUUAGUAGAGCCUUACAACUCGUGCUAAGUGAAAAAAUUCGUCAAAGAGCUCGAUUAGUAGCGUCAAUGUGGAAUGACAGAGAAAACCCCCCUAUGGACACAGCCUUAUUCUGGAUAGAGAGAGUCGACGUUCAGUCUCAAAUCGAAGCGGGCAAGUGCAACAUGCAUUUACACACAUCGUGUUUCGUAAUUCUGCAAGCCGCUUGCAUCGUUCAAGCCGCUCGUAUCCUGGGACUAUUCCCACACCCGGGGAAAAGUCAUCAAAUGGUCUUCGACCCCCUGCUAAAAAGAUUAGCGGAAAGAGGCCACCACUUGACGGUAGCUACAUUUUUUCCAUUAGAGAAUCCCCCGAGCAAUUACACAGAAAUCAGCCUUCAAAGCCUCGCUGAGCUCAGAUUGGAAACGUUCAGCGCUGAAGAUUUUGAAAAGCCGAGCUUUCUUAUGAGAGUGCCAAUUUUAGGUGAUACUUUAAGCCAGUACGUGCAACACGAUGGCUUAGGAAAGCUGGUUGCUGUAAUUUGUGAAAAACUGACGAAGUAUCAACCGCUUAAUGAUGCACUGAAAAAUGAUUAUGACUUGGUAAUCGUGGAACGAUUUGAUAGUGCUUGUGUUCACGGUUUAUUGGAGGUGUUCGGUAUUACAGCACCAGUUAUCGGCAUAUCGUCGUGUGCUCUAAUGCCUGGUGAUGCUGCGCUAAUGGGAGCUGAUGGAAACCCAGCGUAUGUACCUAUAGUCACAUCAUCUUUUUCGCAUAGAAUGCCCUUUCUACAACGCGUUGAAAACUUUAUAGCGAGUUUAGUACUUCAGCACAAGUAUCAAACAAUUAGGUCCAAAGAAAGAGAGAUAAUUGAAAAGCAUUAUGGUAGAUCGAUUACUGAUUUGGAUAAGCAAAUACAGAAAAUAGCACUACUAUUUGUGAAUACGUUUUUCGAGAGCAACGGAGUGUACCCGCUUGUGCCUGGUAUUGUUGAAAUCGGUGGAAUACAUAUAGAUCCUGUACAUAGAACUUUGCCGAAUUAUAUCAAGAGAUUUAUAACAGAAUCAGAACAUGGGGUAAUUUUAUUCAGCUUUGGAUCACAAUUGAGUUCAACUUCCAUAUCAAAGGAAAAACAGGAGAUGUUCAUUAAUGCCUUCUCUAAAUUGAAAGAACGAGUACUUUGGAAGUUUGCAGAUAGCGAUCCUGAAGGAACUUUUGUUGGGAGCAACAUUUUGCGUGUCAAAUGGAUACCGCAAAAUGAUUUAUUACAACACCCAAAAGUCAAAGCUUUUAUAUGCCACGGUGGUAUGCUGGGCUCGCUAGAAGCUGUAUCUGCUGGAAAACCAAUGAUUAUUAUACCAAUUUUUGCUGAUCAAAAACUGAAUGCAGCUGCUUUGAAGGCCUCAAGUGAUGCUGAAGUUUUAUCGUUAGCAGAUCUGAAAGAGGAAGAAUUAGAUAAGGCCUUACAAAAUGUUUUAAGUGAAAGGACACGUAUAAAAGCGGAACUUGUGUCAGCCAUGUGGCACGAUCGACCGGCUUCUCCUCUGGAGACAGCAGUAUUUUGGACAGAACGAGUCAUUAGAUGGACAAACCAGUCGUCACUCUAUUCUGAAGCCAGAAACCUAACCUUCUAUCAGUAUUCUUUAUUAGACGUCUCUUGCAAGGAAAGCGGCACUAUGCACUUUAAAGUGAUAAAAUGUUUGUUACUCCUGACGAUUUUCAAGAGUGUGGAAUCCGCACGAAUUUUGGGGCUAUUUCAAUUUCCAUCUAAAAGCCACCAGGCGAUGUUCAAUCACAUUAUGAAAACGCUAGCGGAACGCGGUCACCACAUCACUGCGGCGACUUUCUUCCCCAUGGACAACAAACCAGAAAAUUACACAGAGAUAAACCUUCAAAGCCUCGCGCCUCUAAAAUUGGAAACCGUGGACAUAAGUACCUAUGAAUUUCCCAGAUGGUACACACAAAUACCAGUUAUCGGAAGAUCUAUAGAUCAAUACGACCAAUUUCUUACUUUAGGAAAAUCUUCGCUGUCGACUUGUGAGAAACUCAUAAGUUACAAGCCACUUUUAAACGCAAUGAAAGAGGAGUACGAUGUUGUUAUCUUUGAAACGUUAAAUGAGGGAUGCGUGUUGUCACUUCUGGCUGCAUUUGAAGUCAAAGCUCCUUUAGUAGGCAUUAGUACAACAAUCUUCUUACCUAAAGAUACUAUAAGAAUGGGAGCUGACAAUAACCCCGCUUACGUCCCUGUUCUCACAUCUUCGUUUACACAUAGAAUGUCCUUCUUGGAGCGUUUAGAAAAUUUUCUUAUAUACCUGAUUGCUAAAGCGCAUAACCAGAACAUUUGGAAUCAAGAAAGAGCAAUGGUUGAAGAACGAUUUGGUAAAACGAUUCUAAGUGUUGAAGAUAUAGAUGUCGCGGUGACUCUGGUUAAUACUUUUCCCGAUUUGAAUGGUGUUAAUCCAGGUGUACCUGGAAUAAUUGAGAUUGGAGGUCUACAUAUACAAGGUGGCAAUAAGAAACUACCUGGAUUUAUUCAGAAGUUCCUUGACGAAGCAGAUGAUGGUGUUGUGAUAUUUAGUUUCGGGUCCCAAAUAAAUUCGACAUCACUCUCGGAACGGAAGCAGGAAAUGUUUCUUAACGCUUUCGGCAAAUUGAAACAAAGAGUUCUUUGGAAGUAUACAGACAGUGCAGAAGCGGGGACGUAUAUAAGGAAAAACGUUUUACAGGUGAAAUGGCUACCACAGGCUGAACUUAUAAAACAUCCCAAAGUAAAAGCGAUGAUUUACCACGGAGGUAUGCUGGGCCUGACGGAAGCCAUAUCAGCAGGGAAGCCUUUAAUCAUCGUACCGAUAUUUGUGGAUCAAAGGGUUAAUGCCGCAACGAUCAAAGCAGCAGGGAUCGGAGAGAUGCUAUCGCUUCCAGAUGUCCAAGAAGAAGAUAUCGAUGCUGCUUUGCAGAGUGUUUUAAGUGAGAAGUGA